AUGCACAAGCAGCAGCAGCAGCGGCAACGGCUUCAAGCUCAGGCUCGCCACGCGGCUGCGAGCAGGAUACAGGUGAAUUGCAAGGACUAUGUGUCGACGGACGUGUCGGCUGACUCCAUUGACGACGACCGAUUAACUGACACCUGCGUGGCUGCAUGCAACGAUGUACUGCAGCGCGUCUUCCGCGGCUGGCGGGCGCGUCGCCGCGUCGUGCACCAAGUGCGCGACGACAUGGAGCUGCUCGUCGCUGAUAUCCGGCGCCAACUGGACGGCGCGUGGGCGCUGCUUGGACCGGCGGCAGCGGCCUCGGCCUUCGCGCUGGAUUGGGGCGAUGACGGCAAGCUGCGGCUGCCGCGCAUGGAGGACUCGCUCUUCGGCGUCUCAGUGCGCUUCCCACCCGAGCCGGAAGAGCACGCAGAAGAUUCCAGCUCGAGCAGUGGAGACGAGGAAGUUAAACGCUCGUGCGAGCAAGGAGCAGUGAUUGGUCCGCCGUCACCGCAGCCGAUUGCGCCACUUGAAGCCGCGCAUGAGGACCCGCAGGAGGGCGAAGUCGUUGGCCACCAGACCCUCGUCCAGGACGGCGGCGAGGAGGACGGGAUCAGCUCCGAGGGCUCCGAGCGUGACGACGGCGCGUCGGCUGUAGAAAUACGCGGCGGCGCGCUCCAAGCAGAAACGUCAGCGUCCGAUGUGCGCGAGGAGCUCGAGCGCCAAGUGGAAAACAUGGACAGAGCGCCGCUGCAGCGCGGCCAGGAUGGGAAUUCGUCGCAGCUGGCUAUCGUUCAGGAGAUCCUCGCGACCCACUCGCGGGAGGAGAUCGUAUUGGAGCUCCAGUGGGCUCGACAAGCACUUCGCGACCGGCGAAAGUACCUGCGAUCCAAGAAGCGUAUUGAGCAGAACCCCGAACCGCUCGCAUGUGCAUGA